GAUACCCAGCCAGGUCUCGAUCGUACCGUGGCCACUCGACAGUCCAUCGCGAGUAAAAGACCCGCCAGGAUCCGCGGUUACGGAUGCCACUUUGCUCGUCGCACGAUUACGCGGUAUCGGUGCAGUGGUCCUGCAACUGUGCGUCUGGCAUCGCGGAUUCAAAUGUCACAGCGGUGAGGACCGCGGGAUGAUAGAGAACGUGUCCGCCGCGAUCUUCCUCGUGCCCAGAGGGAGGCUCUUCGAGAAUUCUUAAAACGACUCGUUAGCGGUACCAGCCACGAUGUCGUUGAUGCGACGCAUAUCCGGGGCCGUCGCGGUCCUCAGGGGCACCUUGGAGGUCAAGGAAGCCAACACGUCAUGUUCGGACGAGAUCGAGAAGAUAGCGUCCGAGGACGAGGUCAAAGCGCGUCCCCAUAUGACGCCGCUCAACAGAUUGCAAGCGGUGGUAGACUGGAUGGGGGAGAAUAUGCUUCUGAUCUUCACGAUCGGUGGCGUUCUCGUGGGCCUCAUUCUCGGGUUCCUUGGUCGAUUGGCCAGUCCCACGCCACAAUCCAUAACAUUUAUCAGUUUUCCCGGAGAACUCCUUAUGCGGCUGCUGAAGAUGUUCAUAUUGCCGCUCAUCGCUUCUUCGCUCAUAUCCGGAAUGGCACAGUUGGACGCGAAAAAUUCCGGACGAAUGGGAGUCAGAGCUCUGACGUACUACACCGUAACCACCAUCCUGGCCGCCGCAGUUGGCAUCGUGAUGGUGUUGAUGAUCCACCCAGGUGAUCCUAGGAUCAAGUCCACGAUAACCGCCCCUAAGACGGAGGACACCAAGGUCUCCACGCUGGACGCUAUUAUGGAUAUAAUUAGAAACAUGGUGCCGGAAAACUUGGUCCAGGCGUGCUUCCAGCAAGCGCAAACCACUUACGUAAAGAAGAAAGUGGUAACGAUAGGGGGCACGAAUCAAAGUGAUUACGUCCUAGAGCCGACGUUAAUAUAUAAGGACGGGACGAACGUGAUGGGAAUGAUUAUGUUCUGCAUCACGUUCGGUCUUGUCGCGGGACAGUUAGGCCCGCGUGGAAAAGUGAUGGUCGACUUCUUCGUGGUGCUGAACGAAAUAAUCAUGAAACUCGUCAGUAUCGUUGUGAUGUGGUACUCUCCGUUCGGAAUCAUGUGUCUGAUAGCUGGCAAGAUAAUGUCGAUCAACAAUCUGGCGGCGACCGCUCAGAUGCUGGGUCUGUACAUGAUGACGGUUAUCCUGGGUCUAUUGGUGCACGCUGUGAUCACGCUACCGCUGAUAUUUUGGCUGCUUACCCGACAGAACCCAGCCGUGUUCUUCAGGGGUAUGAUGCAGGCUGUGGUCACAGCCUUGGGAACGGCGUCGAGUUCAGCAACUUUACCUAUAACGUUCCGUUGCCUCGAAGAAAAUAAUAAAAUCGAUUCACGAGUGACUCGAUUCGUGGUGUCGGUCGGGGCUACGGUCAAUAUGGACGGAACAGCUCUUUACGAAGCCGUGGCUGCGAUUUUUAUCGCCCAGAUGAACGGAAUCUCGUUAGGAAUAGACGAAGUGAUAACAGUCAGUUUCACGGCUACCUUGGCCAGUAUAGGAGCGGCGAGCAUCCCCAGCGCUGCUUUGAUCACGAUGUUAAUAGUGCUCACAUCUUUGGGUUUACCCACGAACGAUGUUUCCUUGCUCUUCGCCGUGGACUGGAUGUUAGAUCGAAUAAGGACCCCGAUAAAUGUCCUGGGCGAUGGAUUCGGAGCUGGAAUAGUUUAUCACCUGAGCAAAGACGAACUCGAGAAGAUGGAUCAAGAACGGAAACUAGAGAGUCUCGAAAAGGGGACACCUCUCGAGGACAUUCCGGAGAAUUGCCAGCACGAGAGUGUUGCACCUGCUCCCGAACAAAGUUCCGAAACGAAGAUCUGAUUCGCGGGAAUACCGAUCUUCUUUCGUGCGCUUCUUCCAACUUCUCGAACAACAACGUAAAAGAAAAUUGUGAUCGCCCGCUACAUGAAAUUUAUCAACUUAAAUGAUAACGUUCUUGGUAAAAUCGCGGUUAGUGCAUGUCAACUACAAAACAAUAUCGGGAUGUAUCGUUGACCGUCAGUUCAAGAUAUAGGAAUUAAACGAAAGUUAAAUGUAAUAUGUUCUAUUUUUGAAUUUAAAGAUUUCAUUUGUUACGAGAUCAAUGGAGUAUCGCUUGUCGAUUUAUUUAGUUAAACGAGAAAAGUGCUUGAAGCACUUUAAAGAUGUGUUCAGUAAUUUGUUACACAUUAGAUCAUUUAACUUUAGGGAAAAUGUAGGAUUUUAUAAUAUUUUGUUUACAAUGUUUGUGUACCGCAUGUAUGUGAACAUAAAAAUAAAUAUAGAUCGAAGUAUAA